ACGUACAGCGAUUCCCGUACCCGUUAUCAUAGCAGCAGCAGCAGCAGGAGCCACAACCAUUACCAUAUCCCACACCCCCUUUCCACGCGCCCCGCCUGACCUCAGCAAACGUGCACUCCCGUCAGAUACACACGCACAAUAAAAAAAACCCAAAACAAAAAAAGGACUGGGUGUUCAAAACUUCCUUCUCCCUAGCAACCCCAUGAAGUCCUCACCCGCCGUCUCCCUACUGCUCACAAACCUACGACUACUAGACUAUGAUGGGGAAGCUGAAGAUUCAUUUCCUGUCAGCCCCGAUGUUUUUACUUCGUUAAAGAACAAAGGGAAAGCUUUUGAGCACAUUGUUUACCACCUCUUUUCUUCCUUUGACCCUGAGGAAUGUACAAUUGUACGUUGCUUAUCAACAUUCUUCCCCCGCAACAACCCGGAUGACGGAAACUAGCUUUAAGAGGGUUUGGUAACGAGAGACUAAUUCCGGAGGGUAAAUUAGAGACUUGAGGGUUGUUGGCCGAUUUACGAACCCGCGCAAUCGAGGGAAUUUCGGAAUGUGGUGUUUAAAUGGCUCACCGACCUCAAGAGGGCUGGUCAGCUAGGGAAUAUCCUAGUCAGGAAGACUUUGCUGGAUGAUUGCUCCGGAGAACGUUACGAAGAGUUGUUGCUGGCAUUGUCUACAACGGUGCUAAGGGAUCGCAUUGAAAACGGAUUUUUCAAAGAUCUCACUCAGGGGACAUAUGGUGCGUGACCGGAUCGACGACCCCUCGAAGACCCAAAUUGCUAACACGUGGUGGGCGCGUUACAGCAUAUAACCAGACCUCCUCACCUGCGCCACGAGACCUGAAAAUCUUAAUACUCGCUCAUCAAGCAUCAUUGAGCCAACUUCUUCACGCCCGCCGUCUUUCCAAAGCUCAAUGGGCAUCCUUUUCGGCGUUCCUAGAUAGCAAAGAAACAGAAAUCUCAGCACUCUCUCAAUCUCUUCUACGAUCUAGUACGGAGGACACACAGAAGUCACUUCCUCGCGGAUACGAAGAAGACGUACUCAGAAAAUGGAGAAACAAUUGGCUCGGGGAUCAACGAUGGCUUGAUAUAUUGCUCCAGGGUGACCCUGAGUUCACUCGGGAGCAGUUUUUCGAGCUACCAUUUGAGAGGGCACUGACGAAACAUCACCAUUUCAGGGGUGGACUUGGGGGUGUGAGGAGUGGGGAGAUCAGCUUGAAGGCGCUAGAAAAACAGGUCCAAGAUCAAAAAAGGAAGCUGGGGGAGCUUCGGCAGCUGCGGCGGGACCACCUAGAAACUAUCCCUCAUGCUAGUCCACAAUCGACUCAAAAAGCUGCUUCGGCUGAGAGUGAGAAAAAGGCUGAGAAGCCGUUGAAGGUUGCAUUUGGUCGGCACCAGGUAAGAUACACCCCAACAACCGGGCUCCCAUCACUAAUGGGGCCGUAGCUCCUACAUAGUGGUCAGUUAGAGAUUACAAGGGAUUGCCUCACAGGUGAGAGAAACGAGUGUAUAUCUGCCCCUUCCUUGUUGCCCCCCAAAUAUACUAAAUAACCCAUUAGACACCGAACUGCUGGCAUCAUUACGCGAAGACCUUGCUACGACCAGCGCCCCCAGAGUACAUCGUGAAAUUGAGAAACUGCCGGAAUACCGCUUAAGGACUCCUGGCAAGCUGGAGCCUAUGGAAACCAAAGAGGGUGUUGGUAUGGACAAGGAAGCCCAAGGGGAAGAACAAACAAAGCUAUCCGAUCAGGCAGAGGGGGGAGAACAGUCGCCAGAACUGGAAGAUUAUAAGUCCGAAGAUUUGUCAAUCUACUCUGACUACCCUGGGUACGAAUACAAGGACACCUCAUCACCUGUACAAGAGCACACCCCACCUCGGAAACCGCCAAUGAAAGUUUCCCAACGAAUUCGUGAAUACGAGCCGCACCAAACAAACUCUACUGACGCUUCAGAUGAAGAUGAGCAUCUCAGCAGUUUAGAAGCCUCGGCUGUGUCAUUAACCCCACGUGUGCCCCACCAACACGACUCCAUGUCUGUAUCCCCAGAGCCAAGUAUGCCUAAAAGAUCCAUUGGUCGGUUUUCCCUUGGAUUUGGGGAUGACGAGCUUCUGGCUGAGCAGGUUUGUUUACUCCGCAUGAUCGCGGGUACAAGGAAUCGGCACCAAGGCUAACCCGACGAAUCAUAGAUUGUAUCAACGGUGGCAGGGGCUAUCUAUUCACCAGAAAAGCCAUCACCGGCUAAACGCGACCAGCAUCACGAUUCUUAUAAACUACCUCGGAUGGGCUCGCCGGCCUCUUCGCUAGAUGAAUCAUUUGAUGUAGAUGAGAGCGAAAUGCUAGAUAUUGCCCAGUCGCCAGGGGGCAACCAUUUCUCCAACAGACCCCCGUCCCUUAGCCCGCCGGAUAAUCGCAAUCUGUCCACGCCAAUGCAGAGCCCCUCGGCCACGACGCCAAAAGAGGACCUGUUGAUGUCGGAGGAUUAUAAUUCAGUAUUCAAGUCACGGCCCAAGAUUGCGCUGUCGCCAACGUUCACUCCGUCCGCUGGGACACCCGAGCGACCACCGGGCCUGUCUUUGAUGUCUGGGGUAGAGGGCACACCCUCGGCGGGAUACUCGGAGGACGAAAGUGAAGACGACAAUUACCUUAUAUCAUCACCGUUGGGGCUGAGGAGUGAGAGGAGGAGGAGGAGGAGGAUGUAAUGAAUUGCCGGCAUCGUGGUAACAUAGUAUUUGUAUUAGUGUGACAGUAGUCGUGGUUUGGUUUCAUUCCUUGAUUCAUUUCUAUGUACAAAGAGGUCCUUGUCUGGUCCCCGUCCGC